UUAUUUUAUUGCAUACAUCGCACGCUUGCUCACAGGAGAAAUAACAUUAGCACUGCAGGGGAUACGGAAUCGCUGCCAAAUCGAAAUUAACCAGACUUCGUUGAUGUUUUGCUUUCAGUACGGACAAGCAUUACAAACAUAUGAGGAUUAGUUAUUUUUAUUUCUUUCAACAGCUUCUUUUUGGAGCUCUGAAUGUUACAUCUGAUUUCAGUUUUUCGUUUUGUUCAAAUGCCCUGGAGUUAUUUGAAUCGCAGAUAAUAUAGCAUCAAUAUGAGAGCUCAAAUCGAGGUGAUUCCCUGCAAGAUCUGCGGGGAUAAGUCUUCUGGAAUUCAUUACGGAGUGAUCACUUGUGAGGGCUGCAAGGGUUUCUUCCGACGCAGCCAGCAGAACAAUGCCAUGUACUCGUGCUCCCGACAGAGGAACUGCCUCAUUGACCGCACCAACCGCAACCGCUGCCAACACUGUCGCCUGCAGAAGUGCCUGGCACUGGGCAUGAGCCGCGAUGCGGUAAAGUUUGGCCGCAUGUCAAAAAAGCAGCGGGACAGCCUGUAUGCAGAAGUCCAGAAGCACCAGCAAUCUCAGGAACGCGCGGGUAGCGGGGGAGUUCGUGAGGAGAACGGUGAAAACGGUAAUCUAGCGAGAGCUUACAGCAGAGGAUCCAGUGCCACCCUCAGCGACCUAGACGACAUUACCACGUUACCAGACGGCCUGCUGUUCGACCUGCCUCUCACGCCGGAGGGCACGGGGGAAUACUGCAGCAGCCUGGAGCUCCUGGGGGGUAGCGGAGGCAGCAGCUCUUCCUCACAGAGUUCGCCCGAACAAAACGGCCAGGACUUCAACGACGGCGCUCACAUCAAACACGAGUACCAGCUCCUGCAUGACUCCGGCCUGUUCUCCCACACGCUGCUGAAUCCACUGCCUGAGGGUUGCUCCAUGUUGGAUAUAGACCGCAUAACACAGAGUGUCGUCAAGUCUCAUCUAGAGACAAGUCAAUACAGUACUGAAGAUCUCAAGAGACUUGCAAUGUCCCUGUACACCCCAGAGGAAACUCGUGUCUAUCAGAGCAAGUCCACUGAGGUAAUGUGGCAACAGUGUGCCAUACACAUCACCAAUGCCAUCCAGUAUGUGGUAGAGUUUGCGAAGCGCAUUACCGGAUUCAUGGAUCUUUGUCAAAACGAUCAGAUCAUUCUGCUCAAGGCAGGCUGCCUGGAUGUGCUGUUGAUCCGCAUGUGUAGAGCUUACAACCCCAUCAACAACACACUUCUGUUUGACGGCAAGUUCGCAAGCCCUCAACUCUUCAAAGCUUUGGGCUGUGAUGACCUCGUUAAUGCAGUGUACGAGCUGGCCAAGAGCUUGAGCCGUCUGCAGCUCACCGAAGAGGAAAUGGCGCUAUUCAGUGCUGCUGUCCUGCUGUCUCCAGACCGACCAUGGCUGACUGACACCCAGCAAGUCCAGAAGCUUCAGGAAAAGGUCUACCUAGCAUUGCAACAUUGUCUGCACAGAAGUGGUGCUUCAGAGGAAAAACUGACAAAGAUGGUGUCCAAGCUGCCCAUGAUGAAGUCCAUUUGCAACCUCCACAUCGACAAGCUGGAGUUUUUCCGCCUGCUUCACCCAGAAACCGCCUACAGUUUCCCUCCACUUUACAGAGAGGUCUUUGGCAGCGAAAUUGCUUUCCCAGACUCGACUGGCUAACACGUAUUUAAAAGUUAAGACAGAAGCUUUUAGAAAGAAGAAGGAAAAACAUGUAGGGAUGGAGAAGGAGGUGGCAGAGGAUGGUGGCAGAAGCAACCAGCAGCAGCAGCAGCAGCAGCAGCAGCAGCUCAAUGACAAUCUUGCACGCAACACUUUAGGACACACUACUCCCACCUCUGACCUCUCAUCUGCUGGGCAAGCUUGCACUACACGUAAACUAGUCCAGAUUUUCUAUUAAUGAGAUUCGACCAUAAUGAUACAAUUUGAAGACAUGGUGCUGGGUACUACAUGCAUGCUACCUAACUGUUUUCGUUGUAAAACAUAGAUUAUAAUAUCUUACGUGAUAUUACAUGAAAUUAUAUCUCAGUAUCAGGGAUUGAAUCUCCUUUAAGCUGAAGUGGUCUGGUACAGACCAGUCCUUUCCCAUCUGUUCGUAGUACUCUGAGGAAAAGAAUUGUGAAUGUAUCCAGUGGACAGUCCCAGGUUUGAGACAGAAUGUACAAUAUAUAUAUAUAUAUAUAUUAAAAAAAAAAGUCUGGCCCCGAUGUUUAAUGUCCGUAACAACGACUGGCUACUAUUUUGUAGUCAUACUCGUAAGUCAAUUGAUCAACAGUAGUGCCCAUAUUCUGCAGUUUUGUAUCCAAUUCUCUAAAGGGACCAAUGGCAUACAGAUAAAUAGCACAACUUCUUUUUUUUUUUUGAAGCAUUUUAGCAUGCACAUUAUUAUAAGUGACCCCCAGGCUUCAGCUGGCAUGCAUGCACUAGUUCUUGCACAUACAACACUAAACUCAUAGCACUCAUUAUGUUGACCUGUUCAUGCAUUUGCAUAUGCACACUUACCAAGUUUUAAGCUAUUUGAUUUUUUUUUGUUGUUUUCAAAAGCAAUUAUAAAACCUCAGUUCCACUCCCUUGUCCUCUGCAAAUGCCACUUAGAGAGAAGAAUCAAAAGGUAUUUUUAAAUGUUCCUAUAAUUUAUAGAUACUGCAUAUAUAUAUAUAUACAUAUAUAUUUAGUAUGUGAAAACAUAGCUAUGUAAAUAUAUAUAUUUAAGUACAAUACAUCUAUAAGGAAUUUGUAAUAAGAGAUAGAGAGAACAGUUAUGAGACAAGGCAGUGAGAAUGCCCAGCUCCCUCAUUCCCCCCUAAAAUGACUACCUGACCAUUUUAUGAGAUACAGGGAUGAGACGAUUGGAUUAAAGUAUACAAUAAUAAGCGAUAUUUUGAAAAAGAGAGGCAUGCAAAUAGCACUCAGUUAUUGCUGACACCUCAGUUGGACAGGGCACUGCACUCAGCGCUGACUUUUUACGCCGCUCUUAAGGUUUCUCAGGUUUCUCCACUCGAAAGACUGCCAUCGGCCCCUUUCGUACUGUCAAAAAAAAAAAAAAAAAAAAACGAGAAAAGAAAAAAAAAAAAAAAACAGGACAUGGCCCCCUCAGAGGGACAGACCUUAAAUGCUUAAAGUAAAGCCGCAGCUGAAAGUAUUCAAGAGGAGCCGCUGGAAUGUUGCCCUCUCCGCCCCACAUGUGUUCUGCAAGAAAAAAAAAAAAAAAAAACCCAAAAGACUCUCCAGUAAAGUAAAUGCUGGUGGAAGAAGGGUUUUUUUUUUUGGGGAGACUUUUUGUAAGGAAGCUGGAGUGAAAGACGGCAGACACCCAGGCUGGCAGAAAAGCGAACCUGAGCUGUCCAACAAAAUCUAAACAUGAAUGAGAGAGAAGUGGGACCGGAGAGAGGAAAAAAAAGAGAGAGGGGGAGAGAGAGAGAGAGAGAGAUGUAAUUGUACAAAUAUGUCCUCUGUCCAGCUGUGUGGAGAUGAGUUCAUGUGCUUUGUUCAUUGCUUUGUAUUGAGAUAGUGAACUCAGAUGGGAUCUGAGGGUUGGCAUUGUGUAGAUUUGUGAAUUUUUCUCCUUAUCCCAAAACUAUUUCCCUUAUGCCUCCUUUUUUUUUUUUGCAUUCACUAAAUGGCACAACUAUGGGUUGACAGAGCCAACAGCUACCCCCCUGAGUUAGGGAUUAAUAUGGAUAGUGUAUUCUAUAUUUUUCAUAUUUAGCAGUGCAGACAGAUUGACAGAUGCUGACAAAAAUGAAUUUGUUUUGUGCGGAUAUAUUUUUACACUUUGUUUAUGAAACUCUACAAGAGAGCCGUUUCAGAUUUGGAUCUUAUUGCCCCCACACCCACGUUUGCUUAUGUUUUAAAAACGCUCGCUCAUCAGUGGCCACUAUAUGAUAGCAGCCUCUAUUUCAUCCUUAACCAGGAAGCUCUUCAAAACUGCAGAUCAGUAUCUCUCUCAUGGGAGAGUUGGGUGCGGUUAAAAAAAAAAAAAGCCUUUUCAACUCCCCUUAGAGAAUAAGAGUUUCAAAAGAGGCUAAACACAGAGAUCAUGUACAAAAACCCUAUCUUUAGCUGUGUCCAAUUGCAUUGACAGACCAGGUUGGCCAAAGUAGAUAAAUAUUAUCCUUAUGGUUCGUGCACGUUAUAUUUAACUUACGGCAUCAUGUUUCACAUUUUUGCACUGCAGGAACAGUGCUGGUCUCCAUACUGUAUAUUUUCUAGUGGGAUUUUAUAUGGUUGGUCUAAACACUUUUCUAGGUGCUUCAGACAGUGUCGUUAUGGGACUGUGCAAUACCUAGUCUUCACCCAUUUCAUUAGGGAGGGCCUUGGUAACCACGUGUACAUCAGACAACAUAUACACUCCAGCAGAAAAUUAGUUUUGACUUUUUCAGAGUGGUUGCAAAAACCAUUUUCAUUGCCAGACACCCACCCAAUGUUGACACGCAUCUAGUAUUAACUGGUUUUAAGUUGGUUCAUAAGGCAGUUUAAGAUUGUAACAAAGCGGUAAUGCUUUGUAAGGAUCUAGAGUUUAGAAUGUUAUGUAUUUGUGAAGUGUAAUUUGCAAGCCUAAAAAAAAAAAAAACUGCCUCAAUUGUCCCCAUCUUUUGGAAGCAGUUCUCCAGGUGUGCAGUUACCUUUACACUCAGUCACUCAGGGAGAUAGCUGGGCUCUUUGUCCUACAGUGUCUUCUUCAGUUAGCCUAGCAGGACACCUUGCACCGAAUAGAAGACCUUAAACCUCGAUCACUGUGUACAGUUAAUGUUCUUGUGAAUGUUCGUCACGGAAGUAUCAAAGAUGUUCCCCCUGUCAAAUAUCAUUACCAUUACAGGGCUGUUGCACCUGAUUUGUAGAGAUAAUAGAAUUUAAAAUAUAAGAAAAAUAUAUAUAUAAAGAUGGAUUUUAAUCUCUGAAUCAUGUGUUGGUUUUGUUGUGAUAUUUUUUUCUUUCUUCAUUACUGUCUUUUCUGUAAAAAGAACACCAGUUUAGUGUCCUCUUUUUUGUCUUGAAGAAUUGUCGUUAUUAUUUUUUUUAAGAGCAUUUCUUUUGUAAAUCCCCACCUCCCCAAAGGUUCCAACAAGUUCCCUGUCUUUGAUGUUGUUAUUCUCCCCCCUUUUUUGUUUUUAAUUCACUAUUAAAAUGAUAUAGAUUUUAAUAAAUAUAAUUUAUGAAAUAUUAUGAAUACAAAAAAAAAUAAAACUGAUAAAACAAUUUAAGAGUUUUUGUUGUUCAAUGGGGAUACAAUG